AUGAAACCGACCGCGGACUCGAUGACAACGGGGCGCCGCUGGCGCUUCGUCAAGCGAUACCCGUGCAUGAGCGACGAGUUGAUGGACGCAAGCACGACGCCGCGGGCGAUAAUUCGAAAUCUGAUGGUGCCGCGCUUGCGCAAGUGUCCGUUUGACAUUGACUCGGUCGACUGGCAACGCGCCCGGCUGCUUGGGGCUGGUGUUGACGGCUGUGUUUACCGAGUUCAUUUUGGCGAUCAGGGGCCGUUUGCUCUGAAACUGUUUUGGAUCCCCGAUACCAUUGUCGAGUCUCCCGCGUACUCUGCUGUCCACCGCGAAUGCCAGAAUGCCGCCCUGCUUCAGUUGCUGCGCGUAUCGAUGGACUGCACCAAAACCGGACCUCCCUUGGUCCACCCAAACCCAAUGGACUUUCUUACUGCGUCCGAAAAUCUCUUCUCGUUUUCAGAGGAGUAUCGGGACCUGAGGCAACUGCCCGCGGUCGCAAACAAGCCAAAGGAUCCGAACGAGCCUGACCGAGUUCCCGUGAUGAGCAUGCCGCGCUUUGCCCAGUGCUAUGGCUGGCUGCGCUGCAACGUGCACGAGCUUCUCGACAAAAUGCCGCCCCGGAUACGCAGGCGCGGCUUCAAAGCCCGCUACAACCAUUUUCGCCACUUCGACUCGGAACGCACCGAUUUUAUCGGCAUCGUGUACGAGUACAUACGCAGUGACGACAGCGAUAUCAGCGACAACAACACCGACACAGAGGACGCAAAGGACGCAAAGGACACAAAGGACGCAAAGGACGGCAUCAAUGCUCAAGGGAAGCCGUGCCGGAAGGCGAUGCCAGGAGAAGAGUCACCUGGCACUGUCGAACGUCGCUACAACACCAGGAGCCGCACGAGCCAGUCAAGGCUUGCGGCAACAAAAAAAGCAAAGGAGCAGGGGGAACACGGUACCGACACUGCGAAGACUAAACCGGCCGAAGAAGCUGCAACGGCCGCGACGGCCGCGACGGCCGCAAAAGAAGCAAAAGAAGCAAAGCACCGUGAACGGGUGUCGGCUGUCAACGAUUUUCUCUGGCUAACCGGCUUCGAUUUCUGUAGCCAACCACUGGCACACAACUGGAAGAACGGCGUGCUCGUGGACCACUCAGAGAUUAUCGGACCGUACUCGUCAGGCUGGGAUCGAACCCCAAUGGACACGAAACAGCGCGUAGACUGGCUGCUGACACCGUCGGAGUAA